GAGCUGACUCUCAAGCAUAUCAGACCCCCUCGAAAGCAAGCAAGUGCUGCAUGUUGCCCUGCCCAACCCAGAUGAGUUGGACGAGAGGGGGGCCACGCCACACUUCAACUACAAGGAAGAAGAAGUCCCCCCUGAGGACGACGGAGGUCUGUUCAGACCAACUGUGAACGCAGGCAUGCCGCCACAUCGCAAGGAGCCCCUGGUGCAGCCCUACGAGAUCAGUCCAUUUGCGAUGAGGAGAUACAAAGUGUAUCUGAGUCUGCGGAAGAUUGCCAAGACAUACGAACAGCUCCUCAAUGAAGAGGCCAAAAGAGCUUCGGCUAAAGCACACGCACGGGUGGCCUCAAGAGCCGAAGGCAAAUCACCCGCGGCUGCAUCUCCGUCGGGUGAGGAGUCAGACGAUCCGGCAGCGGAUAACUCGGCACACUCAGAGGCGGAUCGCAGGACAAUGACCUCUAUUGCGGAGGCCGAGCUCAAAGGUCAACAGAGUCUAAAUGACGUCACAACAUUGAGAGAAUCGCAUAUGUUGAAGUUGAUUGACAACUUCAUGCCCCACAAUGUGCAGCUCAUCACCACUGUGUUCUACGGGGGGAGCAAGGUGAGAUCCAUCGCAUUCACAGGCAGCAACAAAAUUGUCACCGGCACCAUCAACCAUGAGAAACAAGGCAGAAAGGAGUUUGACAUCCUAGUGUCCCAUGAGAAGUUCCACUUCUCUCACUUGGACCCCUCGGCCUUCGGAGACAUAGACGGGGCGCGAGAUGUACCCGCCAUCAUCAUACGCGCAGUAUACGUCGUCACAGACGAGCAGAUCGGUGGCAUUCUCGCUGCACAAGCGCCACCGGGGUCCAUAGCCCCUCGGGCCAUACAGCUGGGCUAUGCGAGGGUGGACAUGUGGAAGCGGGAGGACGAGAGUGGCAGGGCGUUCUGGGAGCCCCCCUUCGAGACUGUCAAGGUAGAUUUGACCCCUGGGUACCUGCCCCCCAAUAUCAGUUCACAAGCUCUGGACAACAACCAAAAGUUUGUGUUGGCGAGUGAUUGUUCCUACAUUGAGUGCAAUAUCUUCAGGCCGGAUGACCGCAUUACCCCUUCUCCUUCUGGCACCCCAAGAGGUCGAAGGGACCAGAUAUUUCCUAAGCGCACCUUCUGGACCCCGUUUAACCUGAAGACUCUGGAGUCUCUGCCAGCUGUGAUCUCCAACCAGGAUGACUUCGACAUCUACAUAGACCAAGUGCGGUUCCUGCCUGACAACUGUCGCAUAUGCAAGGUCACUGGGCGGAUCUUCAAGUCUGAGUUGGACCUGGCUGACCUGGAGGCGUUCCCGGAUCUGGACUCGGACGCCAGAAGUCCCCUUUUCCACCACAG